UGUUGGGGGGAUGGGGCCGUGCCGAGGAUGAGCGACUCUAAAUAUUUACCGCUUGGCUAACUUAAAAACAAAAAACAAAAAACAAAAUAAGGAUUAAUUUCCGAACUGGAAUUUCAUUCUUCUUGUACUUAAAAGUACAUUCGGUCUACGUAUGAGUUUCGGUGGAAUUUGGCACAAAUAAAGUGGAGUAUCCGUACGUCCACGCCGCACACUUCAGAAGUCGACAAAAUGUAUUCCACUACUGGAGCUGCUGAGAUGCUUGAAGUACCUCGUUCCCCUGAGUUAAUAAGCUCUGAUGCCCCGUCUUCCCCAGUCCCAGUGACAGAAUAUGUAUUCAAGCCACCACCACGGCCGGACUUUGGCACCAUGGGCAGGACAAUCAAGCUCCAAGCAAACUUCUUUGAGAUGGAAAUCCCCAAACUCGAAGUCUACCAUUAUGACAUUGACAUCAAGCCUGAGAAAUGCCCAAGGAGGGUUAAUCGUGAAAUUGUGGAGCAUAUGGUGCAGCACUUUAAAACACAGAUCUUUGGUGAUCGAAAGCCAGUGUAUGACGGCAGGAAGAAUCUCUACACAGCCAUGCCCUUACCCAUAGGUCGAGACAAAGUGGAGCUUGAAGUGACUAUUCCCGGUGAAGGCAAAGACAGAAGCUUUAAAGUGUCCAUCAAAUGGGUGUCCUGUGUUAGUCUACAAGCCCUCCACGAGGCCCUAUCGGGACGGCUGCCCUGUGUCCCCUUUGAGACUAUCCAAGCUUUGGAUGUGGUUAUGAGACAUUUGCCCUCUAUGAGGUAUACCCCAGUGGGCCGUUCUUUCUUCACUCCCUCAGAGGGAUGUUCAAACCCUCUUGGUGGUGGUAGAGAGGUGUGGUUUGGCUUUCACCAGUCUGUCAGACCUUCCCUUUGGAAAAUGAUGCUCAAUAUUGAUGUUUCUGCCACUGCGUUCUACAAAGCCCAGCCUGUAAUUGAGUUCAUGUGUGAAGUCUUGGAUUUUAAAAGCAUUGAAGAGCAACAGAAGCCUUUAACAGACUCCCAACGAGUGAAAUUUACCAAGGAAAUAAAAGGUCUGAAGGUGGAGAUCACCCACUGUGGGCAGAUGAAAAGGAAGUACAGAGUGUGCAAUGUAACCAGAAGACCAGCUAGUCACCAAACGUUCCCCUUGCAGCAGGAGAAUGGACAAACCAUUGAAUGCACAGUAGCACAAUAUUUCAAAGACAAGUACAAGCUGCUUCUGCGAUAUCCCCACCUCCCAUGUCUACAGGUGGGACAGGAGCAGAAGCAUACAUACUUACCUUUAGAGGUGUGUAACAUCGUGGCAGGCCAGCGCUGCAUCAAGAAGCUGACGGACAAUCAGACCUCUACCAUGAUUCGUGCCACAGCUCGCUCAGCACCUGACCGUCAGGAUGAGAUUAGUAAACUGAUGAGAAGUGCCAACUUCAACACUGACCCCUACGUGCGUGAGUUUGGAGUGAUGGUGAGGGAUGAGAUGACAGAAGUGAACGGCCGCGUCCUGCAGGCGCCUUCCAUUCUGUAUGGGGGCAGGAACAAAGCAAUAGCCACACCCAUUCAGGGAGUUUGGGACAUGAGGAACAAGCAAUUCCACACAGGGAUUGAGAUCAAGGUUUGGGCCAUUGCCUGCUUUGCCCCACAGAGACAGUGCACUGAACUGCUCCUAAAAGCAUUCACAGAUCAGCUGAGGAAGAUCUCACGGGAUGCGGGGAUGCCCAUCCAGGGUCAACCCUGCUUUUGUAAAUAUGCACAGGGAGCUGACAGUGUGGAGCCCAUGUUCAGGCACCUCAAGUACACCUACCAAGGCCUCCAGCUGGUUGUAGUCAUCCUGCCAGGGAAGACACCUGUCUAUGCUGAGGUGAAGCGUGUCGGGGACACAGUGCUUGGCAUGGCGACGCAGUGUGUGCAGGUGAAGAACGUUCAAAAGACGACACCUCAGACCCUCUCUAACCUCUGUCUGAAGAUCAACGUAAAGCUGGGUGGUGUCAACAACAUCUUACUUCCACAGGGCAGACCGAUGGUUUUCCAGCAGCCCGUGAUCUUUCUUGGUGCAGAUGUAACUCAUCCGCCGGCAGGAGAUGGAAAGAAGCCUUCUAUUGCUGCUGUGGUUGGUAGUAUGGAUGCCCACCCCAGUCGAUACUGUGCUACAGUGAGGGUGCAGCAGCAUCGCCAGGACAUCAUCCAAGACCUGGCCACCAUGGUGAGGGAGCUCCUCAUCCAGUUCUACAAGUCCACCCGCUUCAAGCCCACCAGAAUCAUCUACUAUCGGGAUGGCAUCUCUGAGGGACAGUUCAACCAGGUGAUUGAAGUUCUUCAGCAUGAGCUGCUGGCAAUCCGUGAGGCCUGCAUCAAGUUGGAGAAAGAUUACCAGCCUGGUAUCACCUUCGUUGUCGUGCAGAAGAGACACCACACACGACUCUUCUGUAUGGACAGAAAUGAAAGGGUUGGAAAGAGUGGCAACAUUCCUGCAGGCACCACAGUGGACACCAAAAUCACUCAUCCUUCAGAGUUUGAUUUCUACCUCUGUAGUCACGCUGGCAUACAGGGCACGAGUAGGCCAUCUCACUACCAUGUUCUCUGGGACGACAACCACUUCUCUUCAGACGAGCUGCAGGUCCUCACCUACCAGUUAUGCCACACUUAUGUCCGCUGUACCCGCUCAGUUUCCAUCCCAGCACCAGCCUACUACGCCCACCUGGUGGCUUUCCGUGCUCGCUAUCACUUGGUAGACAAAGAACAUGACAGUGCUGAGGGCAGCCAUACAUCGGGCCAGAGUAAUGGGCGCGAUCAACAGGCCCUCGCCAAAGCCGUUCAGAUCCACCAGGACACUCUGCGCACCAUGUACUUUGCCUGAGAAGGUGCAAACCCAGGUUGGUUGUGGGUGAGACCCCACUGAUGGAAAUCGUCGCCCCCUAGCUGUCUCACUGUCAGCAGCAGAUAGUGUCACAGUGGUUUCACAUAGCCCUCUGCUGACUUAACAGACCCGUCAGUUUCCCAGCUGUAUGCCUCCCGAUGUGUUUCAGCUCGCGUGUAAACGUCUGUGUCCCACCCAAAUCGAACCAGCUUUUGGAGAAAAGAUUCCGUCUUUCUAGGGAGGUGAAGUGAAAGAGGUUUUAUUUUCAUGUUGUACAUUAGUGUAUAUUUGUUAUGGAGAAACAUCUUGCAGAAUAUGAGAUAAAAUCAAAAAGGUUUGUACACUGACAGACUCUGCCGUUUCCAACCCGGCGGGCAGUAUCUUUGUAGAUUUGGUUGGUUUAUAAUUUAGAAGUUGCCGUUCACCUUCUAUCUCCUGUUUGUUUUGUUUUUUGGAUUCUGGAUGUGAGGGUCCUGGUGCUCAAAAGGAGAAGGGGACGUUAAAAUAAGGGGACCCACUCACUGUUUAUAUGCCUAAUAAUUUACUCAUCUGACAGACAUUAUUUAUCAGCCAAUCAAAGCAAAGUGCACUGACCAGAAUGGGUACUUCAAUCAGGACAAAUGUACUUAGUAUAUUGAGGGUUGUGUGUGAUUAUUAAAUAUGUCUAUAUAUAUAUUUUUUUUUUUUUUUCCACAUUGGGCACUAUGUGCUGAAACGUGCCAUGUGAGGCCAUGUUUUUGUAAUUUUUACUUUCCACUUUGACUCACUUGGCCCAAAUUUUUCUGGGUUUUCAGUAUUUGACCUUGACUGAUGCUGACGACUACUUUAUGCCAAAUUUGGUGACAACUAAGUAAAGGAUUCUUUACACCUGACUUACCAGCCCUUUUUUACCCAUGCCAACUUAACACUGAGGACUUUUGGUGAUCAUGUGAUGGAAUUAACAUCCGUUUUAUUGUUUUCUGACUGUUGUGGGUUCUCAUUUGAUGAAAAUGGCAUCAAUAACUUAAUUCCUGCGUCGUGUUGAGAAGCAGUCUGUUGGGACCGAUUCCCAUCAGGGACCUCGCUGAUGUACUCUGAGCCGUAUUGAUUUGAGACAAAUAAUGUAGGGGAGGGGAUUUUUUUUUUUUUUUUUUUUGCGUUCCCAUUUGUUUGUAUAUUCUUUCAAUAAUUUCAAUCAUGUUACGUAAUGAAUAGUCACAUAGCUAACGCACAUUUUAGGCGGUUUGACAUUUGUAAUAUUUCAUUUUCUUCCUUUACACUUGUUUUUCCCACAUACACACACACACAGAUACAUAUAUGUAUAUAGCAGCAAGAUAGAUGUUCUGCAGUGUCCUUGUCACAGCAGGGUAUUUGUGUGGGUUUUCAGCAUCCAUUUAUUCGGUACAGUGGAGUGAUAGCUGCAACAUUUUUAAUUCAAAUUGCUUGAAAUUCCCCGAUUACAGUGGUUGCUCCGUGAUUUGGGAGCAGUUGUUGCACAAAAGUUCGGGUUUUAUGCAAAGGAUUUUUUUUGGGGGGGGUCUUUAUAGUAUAACAGUAAAGUUGACAAAGGGGUGCAUUUUGAAUAAGCUUUAGGGGUAGCUGCUGAAAUUUAUUGUAGAGAAUUUAAAAACAAAAAACCUAACUGGCCCGUGUAGUCUAAAUUAACACUGUCUAUUUGUGUACAGAUACUAAAUGCAAAUAUUGUCUUGCCUUCUAAGACUGUUAAAGUCUUGUAAUAAUUCCAGACAUUUCCUAACAUCCCUCCUUGUUUUUACUGCUCACUUAAGAUGGUGAAUGUUUAUAGUCCAGAUGGGAGAGACGUCAAUAUAUUUUCUAUAACUAUGCAUCAUUUUUAACAAAGAGAAUUAGUAGUGGGCUGUCUCGCCUGAUUUUGGAUCCUUUCUAGAGGUAGAUAAUCAGGGCUUUUUUUUUUUUUAAUGUUUGUAAAUGCAUGUCGCAUUUAGUAGCGUUUCUUAGUGCUUAACCAGUGACUUUGUAAAGGUAAAAUGGAUUUCCAUAUAUCAUUGUGGAUUUUAUAGCAUGGAAUUCGGGUGUAUCCACUCAGCCAAACAAGAUUACAAACUUUUACAUGAUGGAAGCACAAAAGGACAUGUUGACUCUAGGUGCUCAAAGUUUUCACUGUAAACCACCUUAAAUCCUCACUGGACUCAUCCGCAAGGCUUAUUAUUAUUAUUAUUAUUUUUUUUUUUUAGUUGUUGGAUGUGUGCUAAAAUAUUUUCAUCAUUCUGAGGAUCUUUUCUCUCCAUUGAUUACCCCCCCCAUCCCCCUUAACCACCCGUGUUAUUGUUUUUCUAAUUACCUGUAAAGAAACUAGAACUCCGACUGACUGUUUGUGGGGCAUUCUGAAAA